AUGACGGUCCAAAUUGUCUAUGAUCCUGAUGAUAGCGCCGGACGCAUUCCUAACACCGAUGUCAAUAGAAAAAGCCUUGUCAAUGGCAAAGUCAUCAACGUUAAAGUGGGAAGUCCUGAUGAUUACAAAAAUAUCUUGAAGCCUCAGCACUCAAACAAACGUCUUUCCCACAAUCCAAAUGUUCCCAAAACGUUGACUCCCAAGGGAUAUACCAAGAUGCAACUAAUGAUGAGCAUUUCAAAGAAGAAGUAUGAUAACAUUGUGAGGAAAUUGAAGGGAACUGGCCAGCUCUGGGAGGAUCCCGACUUCCCAUUGGAUAAGGCUAUUGGAAAUGUUGAAAAUCUUCCCAGGUAUGAAUGGAAAAGACCAAAGGAAAUUGAUCCUACUGCUGAUUUCAUUGUCGACGGAUUUGAUAGAAGCGAUAUUUCUCAAGGCCGUCUUGGUGACUGUUGGUUGCUGGCUGUCAUCUCGACGAUGGCCGAUAUUCCUCCCCUCUUCAACCACAUUGUGCCGCCGGGCCAAUGCAUGAAGAGUGAAAAUUACUGCGGUAUCUUCAGAUUCCGUUUUUGGCAAUUCGGACAGUGGAUAGAAGUUCUCGUGGAUGACAGAAUUCCGGUGGUCGCUGGUACCAAACAAAUGAUCUUUAUGCACUCCGAUGAGUCAAAUGAAUUCUGGUCUGCUCUUAUUGAGAAAGCCUACGCAAAGUGA